UAAGCUCCGCCCACUUCUGCACUUACGGUAUGGCAAUGGCUGGAUGAGUGGAGGACAAAAAGCAAGCACUCGUGCCACUCGUGAGUUUCAAUCCAUGCUCCUCAAUGGCUCCACAUUAUUUCAAACUGUUGAUGCAAUGCCUGACCAGUCCUCGCUUGUACAGAAUUCACGCCGCAGCCUCGAGUCAGGGUUUCAACUACGAACCAAAGUUACUCGAGAGGUGGGGUGAUGUAGUGAUUAAGUCGUUCUGGGUUCUGCUGAACCUAAAGGUGAUCUCAAUACCAGUCCUCAGCUUUGCCUUGUAUCGCAAGUGUUAUGUGGGUCUCACUGGACUGGGACUGCUGCUCGCUGCAUCUUAUGGUUUGCGGGCCGUUGGACGUUCCACCAACGAAGUUUACAUCUCCUUUCUGAAGACGCUCACUGAGGCGCAAAAGGACGUGAGAGCAAACAAGAGAGCGCUUCAACAGUACGACUUUGAUUUCUCAGCUUGGCCAGUAGAAUUCAAGUGGAAUGAGAAUGACGGAGAUGAAUCCAAGCAGCGUAUUUUCCUGAACACAUCAAGCUCUCAAGGCCAGAAGAGUCUGCUGGACCGUAUUUUGUCGCUGCCUGUGAAGACAAUUGGCUACUUGGUGGCUCACAGUGUUGGAUAUAAACUCAUGUUCCCUGGAAGCAUCCAAACCCUCCAAUUCUUUAUAGAUAACGCGAUAGUUCAAGGCAGAAUAAAGUUAAUUGAGGAAGAAAGGGGAGAAAGGUUCAAAAUGCUAACUCGUGAUGGAAAUGAACUGGAUGCAGUAUUUGUCGAUAAAAGGAAGAGGCAUGACAAUGGAGACAUUUUAGUGAUUUGCUGCGAAGGAAACGCCGGUUUUUACGAAAUUGGAAUCAUGGCGACCCCUCUCGGCUCAGGCUACUCUGUGCUCGGCUGGAACUACCCUGGCUUUGGCUGGAGCUCCGGAUAUCCAUAUCCGGAUCAUGUUGUCAACGGAGUUGAUGUUGUCAUGCAGUUUGCCAUACACAAGCUGCAUUUCCAGCCAGAAAAUAUUAUCCUCUAUGCCUGGAGUAUUGGUGGAUACGCUUUGAGUUGGGCAUCAAUGAACUACCCUGAAGUUAAGGGAGCCAUUGUAGACGCCUCUUUUGACGACGUGGUUCCACUCGCCCAAGCCAGAUUCCCAAGCAGCUGGGGCUCUUUGGUCAAGCAGAUUGUGCAUGAUUACAUGAAUCUCAAUAAUGCAGCCCAGCUGGCUCGCUACCCUGGUCCAAUUCUUUUCGUCAGACGCACCCAGGACGAGAUCAUUGCUAUCGAUCCUGACAUCCUGGCCACGAACAGAGGGAACAACUUGGUCAUCAAAGUCCUUCAGCAUCGGUAUCCUCGCCUCGUUGAGGACAAGGCAUUGGAUGCUCUCUAUGAGUGGCUUUCGACUGCCAAGAGCACUGAGCAAAACUAUAUUCUGAAAAAGUUUAAUGUGGAUGAAGACUUGUGUGCAUCUAUUUUAAGCUCGUACGUCUCUGAAUAUUCCAACAAAUACCCAAUGAUGAUUGGGGGAGACGACAACUUCAAAGAAAUCACCAAAAUCCAGCUAACUUUGUUUUUGGCUCGCAGAUACUUGUUGGAUUACAACUCAACUCACUGCACGCCACUGCCUGUGAGGAUGUUCGUCUUGCCUUGGGACAUUGCUCCCGACUCAGAUUUUGUGAAGUUGUGAUAGAAUGCGCUCCACAAUACAGCUAUCCUCUAUGAAGACAAAGUCCAAGCUAGUUAUAAAUGCCACUAGAUUUUUGCUUUAAAUAUGAUCAUGGCUAUAUGAUAGCCUAACAUUUUUUCCUAGCUGAACUUAAAUAGCAGUUUACAAUUUUAACGCCAGCACAGCAUUCCUUUAAAUGGCAUUUUGACUAAUUGGGAUUCAGUUGGUGUGCUUUGGAUUAUUAAUUUUCUUGACAACCGCCAUUCUUAUAAAGAUAAUAUUCAGGUCUUGGUUAAUUUGUACUCUUUUAUAUCUAUGUUGAAGCUUGGCUAUUUAAUAUCACAGCUUGAUGCUUAAUAUUGUUGUAUAGCAAACACAUCAUCAAGUAGCUUAUUUGCCUUUCCUGAGCUGAAACGACCUGUAAUAAUAUCAACCAAUUUUUGCUCACGGCUGUUAUCCCUUUGAAGCGUAAUACUUCUUUUACUUAUAUAAUAACUCUUCUAAAGAAGUCAUUGUUCUUGUUGAUAAUUAAAUUUAUUGAAAUUUUAGUUGAAUUAAAAGAAUACAAAAUAUGGGGAUCAUACAAUUAGCCUCCAUGAAGUGUUGAGAUAAAAUGAACUUGAUCGCCAUCACACAGCUCAUACUCUGUUUGCCCCUGUAGAAAAUAUAUGUGAUGAAAUAAAUAUCAACUUUUUGGGACACCAA